CAUUUAAGAUCAUAGCUUACUGAUCCCAGAUAUUCCUGUCCACCUACAGCUGUAGCACCUGAAGUGUGUGUGUGGGUGGUUGAAUGUUCACUUAAGAUCAUAUUUCUCUCAUAAUCUGAGGUAAAACAAACAAGUAUUGUGUCUGCAUUAUUAUGUUUAUUUGCCCAUAGUGCUUGUAUAAAUACACACAGUUAUCCAGAUUUUAGCACAAAGUUGUAAAUGCAGUUUUUGUACAGCGCUCCGUUUGCUUGUAGCACACGCAGAUUUCCAAUAUUUAAGGCCACAGACAGUGCCUUGGUUUUUUGUAGAUCACCCUGGACUCCAAAAAUAAGCCUCCUGUGAUCACUAAUGCUGUUGGCAAUAAUCACAAAUAAUCUGUUUAUUUUAUUUAUUAAAUGCGGAGUUCAUACGAUCUGUGUCGCUGUACACGGUACAACUGCUGUAAUUGUGUCGAAAAUGCUCUGGUAGGGAAGUACAGGCAUAUAGACAUGAAGGUUCAGUGAGAGUUUAAAUGCCAAUCAUUGUAUGACAGAGAGAUCUCUGUUCACACCACAGUGUGACUCUGAAGGGGUUCAAAGCUGUGAGCGUAAUCACUUUCAUGAUCUCCAGCAUAACCCUCCUGAUCUCAGAGCAUGUUUGAUCCGUGUUUGGGCUGCGCUGGAUGGGGCAGGACCCACCGCAUUGCCAUUCUCUGCAUGCGUCCGAGCGCCCGCCUCAGUGGCCUUGGGCGAGCCCGUAAACGAAGCAAAUGGCUCAGGGUGGCCUUCCCACUUGUAACUGCAUCCAGCAAACUUCUGUGUGUGCGCUUUAAAGGCCCUGAGUUCCCCAGGAUGCAGACGUGUUCUGCUUUCACACCGGGCCGUUCCUUACCAUGAUCCGCAUGUAAAAUGACAGAAGCAGCUGGGCUCCGGGUACCUGCAGUGUGAUCUCGGCGCAGCUGAGCAUAUCUGGUUUCUACACAAAGCAUUGGGGCUCCAGUGAGCUCACGCCACGAGCACCAUACGCACCUGCGUGGUCCGAGCACAUCCUCGGGGUCCCGGUAGCUGAUGUGUCCCUCUGGCUCCUGUGGCUUUCCCGCAGAAAAACCUUCUCAUAUGUCAAUAGAUUAGUCUGCCUUCCCUCUCCCUUUGUGAAGAAUAAUGUUUCACCUCUUUGUGAUGCUGUUGGAGAAUGUUUUGUUUGCAGCCUUGUUUUUCCCCAUAUGCUUGAUAAGCGUUUCUUUGGGUGUUUGUUUAUUCAGUGGCAGAUUGUUUACCUCCCAACCCCUCUUUGUUGUGCCUCUCGAAAGCGUCUGAUGUCGCGGCCUCUGGAAACCACCUCAGAGGACGUCAAGGACGCAGUGAAGAUAAGCAUCCCACGUUACGUCCUACGCGGCCAGGGCAAAGACGAGCACUACGAAUUUGAAGUCAAGAUCACAGUCCUGGAUGAGACGUGGGCCGUGUUCCGGAGAUACAGUCGCUUUCGGGAAAUGCACCGCACCCUCAGGCUGAAGUAUCCAGAGCUUGCUUCCCUGGAAUUCCCACCCAAGAAGCUGUUUGGGAACAGAGACGAGAGGGUGGUUGCCGAACGCCGGGGUCACCUGGAGAAGUAUCUGAAGAACCUCUUUCAGGUGAUGCUGGACUCCGCGGACUCACCGCUGCAUACGGAGGGCACGGGCCUGCGGCUCUCCAAACAUGCCAUCUGCGAGCUCUCCCCAUUUUUCAAGAAGGGCGUGUUUGACUACAGCAGUCACGGUACCGGUUGAGCUCGAUUAAGGGGAGCUGGAAGAGGAGCUGCGCAGGAGAACCCAGAAUGACCCAGAAUAACCCUAACGCAUCCCACAAGACGACCGGCACUGGGUCAUACAGCUCGUGUGUGCAUUCCUGUUGCCCUCUCCCUGUGGUCAGCCCAUCCUGGAACAGCCAUCUCUGCAGGCUCUCCACAGCUUGAUCUUUCAGCCAGAGUACUUUCACUGAAUCUGCUGAAGCUGGUCUGAAAGCACCUCACACACAGAGCACACACUGCUCACAACGAGUAAUAAAGAAUAGAAAGAUGAGCGGACGAAUAAAACAUUGUUUUGUUGCCUCAGUGGAUGCUGUCGCUGCACAGCUGCUGCUUCCCUCAGUGGCGUUUCAGCCAAUGGUGUCCCACGGAGUGGGCGUGUGGUCUCGCUGUGGCCGCAGAGCGCAGCAGGAAAUUCACCAACGCGGGCCGUCCCACCCGCUGCAGCUGGUGCUUCUGUAUCAUGAAAGAUGCAGCUGCUAUUUUUGCAUCUUUCAUGGGCAAACAAAUUAAUUAUGAAAUGAGUGAAACUUGCAAUUAAGUUUGAAGGCAUCCAAGAGUAACCAGUGGAGUCUGAACUGCAACGGCAGUGUAGUUCAGACUCGAUAUGCAAGUUAAUCAACCAUAAUUUUCAAUUAUGCCAGACAUCUUUGUGCUGUGUUUUUCAGCUUUCAACUUCAAAAAAAAAAAAAAAAAAAAAACCCUCCAAGGGACUGGAUCCGAAUAACGUUUGAGUGCUUUUGUCUUCUGACUUCUCUUGAUGGCCUUCCCUAUCUUUGAUCCAGGAAUGUUUUUUGAAUGUCACCAUCUUUUAACUGUUACCGUGGCGACUAUUGAUACGUGGUAGAUACCUCAAUGGCCCACACGUUGCUAAAAGGGGAAAGCUGUCCAGACCCUGUGCUGAAGCUAUUAAAACAAGACCUGAGCGUUUGUAGGUGAUUGGGCCACUAAUCAUCCUUGUUCAAAGGUAGACAUUAUUAGCAAGAAAAAUAUUGGUGUUGCAUCGGGGGAGGAAUUGUAAAAAUAUCACAUGUAAUCCAGAGGUUGCGUUGAAUAUUUUGGUCAUUUUCGCAAGUUUGAAUUAAACUGAGCUGAAGUUCUGAACCAGAACUCCAGGUAAAUAUUGCACACACCACACCUCAAUGCUCUCUUUAAAAUGUACCUCUCCUUUCUGUGUUCCAACGAAAGACUUUUUACUCAGAGCUGCUACAGGCUUCGGUGCGAUUCCCCGCCGAUGCCCAGGCGACGACGUUUGUGUCAAAAUCUCUACGACUCGUUUAGACUGGAUUAGCAUAUUCAUACUGUGUACCGCAGACCAAAACAAUGCAUAAAAGCAAAGCCAAGCCAUCUAUUAACUUCCCGUUAAGCUGCACAACUUUCAAGAAUGGCUAAUUUUUCAUUUUCCUUCAUUAUACAUUCAGUUCAGCUGCUUGCUGAGAAAUAAACAUCAGGAAAUUGUAAUCUUUUUCUGAAGAAGCCUUAACAGAGGAGUAGCUGAAUCUCCUUUUAUUUGUCCCAUUUAAAUGUUUCAGCAAGAUAAUUAACAUUAUUAAAAAAGAGCAUUAUAAGAGCAUAUUUAAAUAUUUAACUUAUCUAUGUGGUCCCAGGUGGUGAGUGAAUUCACAAUUUUAUGUUCAGCCAAACUAAAAGCUUUCACAACUUAAAUAAUGGGAAAAAAUAAAAUCUGCAGAUUAAUAUGUUCAUGAGGGCAGGAAAUAUGAGGUGACCGGUGCCUGAAACAUGAUGUUCAAAAUGCAUUAGCACUUUGAUUGCUGCACUCUGGGCUGAACUUUGCGUGCUUUGUUGAAGUUCAGCAGACGUGUGUUUAACGUGCUGCUCUUAGAUAUGUUUUAUGCUGGUGUGCAUUUUGUCAGAUCCAGCCUUGGCUUGUAAAAGACCUGACCCUGCCUGUGCCACUCGGUGUACCUUCCAGCAGCGAUUAUGACGAUUAUAGUAUUUAAUACGAUGAUAUAAAGGGGCCGAGACACUGUACUAGUCUGCUGUAGUGUGCCAAGUGCCGUAUCCCACCCCUAACACCAUUUGUGCUCAGGGCCGCUACACAACCGUUCUUUCUCAGGUUCAGCCCAAGGGCACCAAAGUCUUCCUCAGUGGCAACAUUAACGAAGCCACAGAUGCGGGUGUGUUGUCGUGGCCUACAAAAAUCCACAAGAGUGUCCAGGUUCAUAUGCAGCACUGCUGCUUUCUUAAUGAAGACAAAUGCUUUGUGUUGAACACUGACAGUCAUGCAGACGUGUUUCCCUGCAGUCCGUCCUGCAUGCACCUUCAGCAAAGCAUCUCUGCCUUCCGCUUAAUGACGUGCUGGGCCAGCUUCGCUGUGCUCAAUAAAUCUUCUACAAGCCAUAUGAGACAGAAUGUAAAUAUAUACAUUAAACGUUAACAAAAAGCAGAAUGCUUGUAUUUGCAGAUUGACACGAGUUUAAUGAAUGUCUUGAAGGGAAUGUAAAUCGCAGCAUUCAAGUGCUUUUUCUCACAUGGAAACAGUCUUGAUGCAAAGCAGUGUUUUCCAUUGUGUGUUUCCAUGUAUUUAUUUGCAUCCCAACGAGAAGCAGCAGUCCAGCAUUAAUCAGACAUUUCCGUAAUACCCUGUGACAAUCCGGCUCUCCCACGUUAUUACACCGUUUAUCGCGCAGGCCUUUCACACCUGUCCUGGACUUAUUGGGUGACAAAACGCUGAAAGGCUCACGUCGCAUUAUUGCAGACUUGUCACACUGUGUCUGAAAUGUAUGGGAGACACAGCAGCGUCGGGUACUUUUCUGCACGAAAGUGAACGACGGAGCUGUUUUCGUUGUACCCGAAUGCGGUGCUGUGUCUGCCGGAGCCUUUCACUGUGUCUGUAUUUUUUGCGUGUGGCGCACAGCACCCGCUUCAACUACUUUUUCAUUUUAGUCACAGAAUCUUGUACGUUAAGUCCAAUAAAUCGCUUUUCCCAAAAGUGGUAACAC